CAAGAGUGGGAACGAGAACGAGAACCACUAUCUCCCGUGAAGAUGGGCGGCGAACACACUUCGGAGUUGACCGACGCCCAAGGGCAAGGGCAUGUUUCUCUGUUUCUCUAGUGGUGAUGCUAACGAGUCUCCAUGCUCUCUCUCUCUCCACUACGAACUAAGCCUAUGCCCUUGGGCCCUUUUCUCUGGGAAAUUUUCUUCAUCUUCUCCCUCUCCUUUCCACCUGAGCACUCUCUCCUGGUUCAGCUUUUCUCCUAUCGGGCCUGCAUCGAGCGAAUAUCCAUUGCGUAAAAAUGGCCCAGAACCACGAGGACACGGCCGCCGAGCUCCACGAGACGCUGGGCGAGCGUCUGCCACACAAGGAGACGACUGAUCUCGCGGGAGGUUACAUCAUGCCUGCAAACGCUGAGAAGCAGUCCGUGUCUCCUGGUAAUGCAGACUCGGAGUCGGGUCCGACGCCGGACGGCGCUGAGCCCAACGACUAUGAGAAGGGCUCCCUCCGUCGCAUCGGAGAGAACCUGCCCGCCUCGGCCUUCCUCAUCGCCGUCGUUGAGCUCACCGAGCGUUUCACCUACUACGGCGCCCAGGGCCUGUUCCAGAACUACAUCAACAAUGACCCCAACGGAGCGGAUGGCCCCAAGGGUCUCGGAAUGGGACACCAAGCAGCAACCGGUCUGAACCUAUUCUUCCAGUGGUUCUGUUAUGUCACGCCGAUUCUGGGUGCCAUCAUUGCUGAUCAGUACCUGGGGAAGUAUAAGACCAUCUUGGUCUUCUGCGCCUUCUACUGGGUUGGUUUGGUCAUUCUUUGGACCACGUCCCUGCCAGUGGCCAUGGAGAACGGCGCUGGCAAGGCUGGUUAUAUUGUCGCCAUCAUCGUGAUCGGUCUCGGCACCGGAGGCAUCAAGUCCAACAUUGCACCCCUGAUCGCCGACCAGUACCAACGUCGAGUCAUGGCUGUCAAGACCGAGUCCAGCGGCGAGCGCGUCAUCAUCGACCCGGCCAUCACGUACCAGCGCAUCUACAUGAUCUUUUACUGGUGCAUCAACCUUGGGUCUCUGUCCCUGAUGGCCACGCCCUUCAUGGAGAAGUACAAGGGUUUCUGGACCGCGUACCUCAUGUGCUUCUGCGUCUUCAACAUCGGCAUCGCAACGCUCGUGCUCCGCCGCAAGACUUUUGUCAACCGCCCGCCUCAAGGGUCCGUCAUCACCGAUGCCUUCAAGGCGCUCGGCAUGAUGAUUGCCUCCCGGAACAUGGACGCCGCAAAGCCCUCGUGGCGCGCGGCCAACGGCAAGGAGAAACCCGUCCCUUGGAACGACCACUUCGUCGACGAGCUCAAGCGUGCUCUCAGGGCCUGCAAAGUCUUUGUGUUCUACCCCAUCUUCUGGGUUUGCUACGGUCAGUUCUCGACCAACUUUGUCACCCAGGCCGGGCAGAUGGAUGGACACGGCAUGCCCAACGACUUCAUGCAGAACUUCGACCCCAUCUCGAUCCUGGUCUUCACGCCCAUCCUCGAAAAGGUCGUCUACCCGCUCCUGCGCAAGUUCGGCAUCGAGCUGCGGCCCAUCAUGCGCAUCACCAUCGGCUUCUGGCUCGGCGCCAUCUGCCUCGCCUAUGCCGCCAUCGUCCAGCACCUCAUCUACAACGCCGGCCCUUGCUACGAGUCUCCCGGCAACUGCCCCGAGGGCAUGAGUGGGGGCGCCUCGCUCCCCAACCGAGUUCACAUCGCCGUCCAGACGCCAGCGUACGUCUUCAUUGGCCUGUCCGAGAUCUUCAUCUCCGUUACUGGUCUCGAGUACGCGUACACCAAGGCCCCUCCCAACAUGAAGUCGUUCGUUCAGAGCAUCUACCUCUUCACCAACGCCUUCGGCUCCGCCAUCUCCGAGGCUCUGGUCUCGGUCGCCGUUGACCCCAAGUUCCUGUGGAUGUACACCGGCGUGUCCUGUUCAGCAUUCGUCGUCGGCUUCAUCUUCUACUUCCUCUUCCGUCACUACGACGACGAGGAGGACCAGAUGUACGAACUGGACCGUGAUCAGCCUGUUCUCAACAACGAGGGCGUUAAGCAGGUUGAUAACGACGACUAAGGAGUUGCUCCUUAUCUGCACUUCAAUCAACUGUGGGAAGAUGAACCACACGAUAUGCACAUGUAUAUUACGAAUAAUCGAGAUGUAUGAUAACGGGUUUGGAUGGCUUGGGGAGUCAUUCCUCGGCCUAAGCUGUAAUAGGAUACCCUGGUAUAUAUUUUCUAGUACUUUUUCUCAUUCUUUCUCUGUUACAACGAGUGACUCCCAAAGACGGAUGGCCGAGCUUGGGAACGCUCCAAAACUUGGAAAGAUUCUCUCAAGCAAUGAGAAGCCGAC